CUUAUUUUAAAUUACUUUAAGCGAUGUUUACACAGAGAUUAAAAAGAUCGCCGACCACGCUCUCUUGCUCUCACUCUCUCGCUCAUCCUCUCUUUAAGCUAUCGCAGAUUUCUACAUUAAAGAGAAGCUGAGAUUGUUUGGCAUUUCAGUUGCUUGGUAGCUCUACCUGUGUUUGCUUGCUUUGCUGUUUAUCUGUUCAACUUUUUUUUAUUUGUUAUGUCUAUACCGAUCUUAUAUUACGAUGACCGCAGUCCACCCGCGCGCAGCUGUCUGAUGCUCAUCAAAAUGUUGAAUAUCAAUGUGGAGCUGCGGUUCGUAGAUUUAUUCAAGGGCGCACAAUUUGACAAAGCCUUCUUGGCAUUAAAUCCACAGCAUAGCGUUCCAACGCUUGUGCAUAAUGAACUACUUCUCACAGAUAGUCAUGUUAUACUCAUCCAUUUGGCGGAGCAUUUUGAUGGAGAGGGCAAAUGGUGGCCGAAGGAAUAUGCAGACAGAAUGAAGGUGCUUAAUCGCCUGUUCUUUGAGUGCUCUUUCCUCUUUCGCCGUGACAGUGAUUUAAUGUCGGAAAUCGUGCGCAAGCAGUAUGCCAAUGUGGAUGUGACUUACCAUAAGCGCAAGCUCCACGAAGCGUACGACAUCAUGGAGCACUAUCUGGACGGCCAGAGCUACAUGGCUGGCGAUCAGCUAACGCUCGCCGAUAUAUCCAUUGUGACCACAUUGAGCACGGUGCAGCUCAUGUUUCCGGUGGAGGCAGCACGUUGGCCGCAACUACAGCGCUGGUACGCCACAAUGCGGCAAUUGGAUGCUUACGAAGUGAAUCGACUAGGGGUGGAAAAACUACGCGACAUUGUGCAACAACUGGGCAAAUUUGAAUUUCCCAAGCAGCAGCUCUGAUUAAGCUGCAGCUUAUUUUAAUGAACCGGUUCAAAGCGUUAGCUUGGAUUAUGGCUUAAACUGUCAAUUAAAAUUGCUCUGGAAAUAAAGGUAGAUUUGACUAAGAAAGUGUUCAGAAGUCAAUGUAGAAUUUCAUCAGCUUCUGAAAAUAUUUUAAUAGCAUUUAUUUUGCUUCCUAAUUAGAAAUGAACUAAACAUAAAUAUCGAACCGGUUUAGAAAUAUAAGUUAAUCUAUAUAUGAACUGGAACUGUUAAGGAUUCUUCUACACAUCAAUUUGCAGUAUAAAAGAGAAGCUUAGUAGCUUCCCUAAGAUACAUCAAACCAGCUGCUGGAGGCAUAUAGAAAGACGAAACAUUGGUCCAGGAACCGAACCAUCUGCUGCUCUGCUGCUAUCACAUCCAUCAUAUUAAAUAGCAAUUAUAAACAUAUCUCACAUCUCCCAUACGCCAGCCUAAUUUGCUAUGUACGCUGUUUGUUUAAAGCCCAUUACAUAUAAGUAUGUACAAAUAUAGAAAAGCGCUAAUGAUAUUUCGAAUUAUGUCUGGACAUCAUUAGCAUAUGGCUCAGUUGUGGAGCCAGUUGAUUUGACUGUGGGUUGGUUACGCACUCUGUUUGCACUCGAAAUGUUGGCUAAUAUUUGCAUGCGGCGCGAUAAGGACGAGUGGGACGACAGGCAUGUCAUGCCUAAUGGCCAUAUCGAGUGCGCAAAUUUGAGUUGGGUAAAAGUAGGGUAAAUGGCUUUCAAGUAUUACGCGGCGUUAAUUGCACGCAAACCCGCGUAAUAUACAAUUUCGUGCUGGUCACCCAGCUCAAAUAAACUUCAGAGAUCCCUUCAGACGACCUCUCCUUGACCGUGACUGCGCUCAUCUAUCCUCCUCUGACUUUUGCACUCAGGUGCUGCACAGCUGCUGCAACUGCAAUACGAUUUGCUUUUGUCUGCAAAAAUCUGCGCUGGGGCACGCAGCAAACUUUGUAGUCAGCAAGUUUUUCAAUUUGCCAAGCUGUAAUCCAACAUUUAUUUGCGACACCAUGACAGACCCUUGAUUAGCUUAUAUAUUU